UGACAGGUGUGGGGACGGCCGAGCGGACCCUGGGUGGCAGCAGAGGCGGCGGCCUGAAGCCUGAGGGAGGGAGACACGGCGGCGGCGAUGCUGGAGACACUGCGCGAGCGGCUGCUGAGCGUGCAGCAGGAUUUCACCUCCGGGCUGAAGACUUUAAGUGACAAGUCAAGAGAAGCUAAAGUAAAAAGCAAACCAAGGACUGUUCCAUAUUUGCCAAAGUACUCUGCUGGACUAGAAUUACUUAGCAGGUAUGAAGAUACAUGGGCUGCACUUCACAGAAGAGCCAAGGAAUGCGCAAGUGCUGGAGAGCUGGUGGACAGUGAGGUGGUUAUGCUCUCUGCACACUGGGAGAAAAAGAAGACGAGCCUCAUCGAGUUACAGGAGCAGCUACAGCAGCUUCCAGGUCUAAUAGCAGAUUUAGAAUCCAUGGCAGCAAAUCUGACUCAUUUAGAGGCUAGCUUUGAGGAAGUAGAAGACCACCUGCUGAAUCUGGAGAAUUUAUGUGGACAGUGUGAAUUAGAAAGAUACAAACAUAUGCAGUCCCAACAAUUGGAAAAUUACAAGAAAAAGAAGAGGAAGGAACUUGAAACCUUCAAAGCUGAACUCGAUGCAGAGCACACCCAGAAGGUCCUGGAAAUGGAGCACACCCAGCAGACGAAGCUGAAGGAGCGGCAGAAGUUUUUUGAGGAGGCGUUCCAGCAGGACAUGGAACAGUACCUGUCCACGGGCUACCUGCAGAUAGCAGAGAGGCGAGAGCCCAUGGGCAGCAUGUCGUCCAUGGAGGUGAACAUCGACAUGCUGGAGCAGAUGGACCUCAUGGACGUGUCUGACCAGGAGGCCCUGGACGUCUUUUUGAACUCCGGCAGCGAAGACACCGCCGUGCCGUCUCCGGCCGCAGGGCCCGAAGCGGGCAGCGGGCCGAACGAAGUCACCCUCCAGGUUCCCAGGCCCUCCGCGUCGCGAGCCGAGCCGCCGUCCUCGCCGGCCCCCGGCGACGGCGGAGAGUCCCCCGUCGUCCAGUCCGACGAGGAGGGAGUGGAGGUGGACACGGCCCUCGCCACCCUGCACACCGACGACAGUGACUCGUAGGUGUGCGCGCCCCCGCCCUGGAGGCAGGUGCCGUCCCCGAGGCUCCUGGUCGUGACGCAGUUGCCGCCGGCGCGAGGCCCUGACUGUACGAACCGCUGACAAUAAAGCUUGCGGACUUCACCCCGACAGGGUACAAAGCCA